GUUUUCGUUGUUACUUUUAGAUGCUUUCCAGGAAGAAAGGGGAAACACCUUGCUGAUGCCAGCGUCUUUGAACCAGUGUCUUCUCCUUCUGCUUUCUCUCUGCCUGGGAUUCCUGGAGAUUUCUGGUUUGAGAAGAAGCCGCCCGAGCUGACGCCGGUGAGGCGGCCGAGAUGGCAGAGCCCUACGUGAAGAAGCUGUCCACCGUCCUGCUGGAGGCCAUUACGGACAAGGACCCUCUGGUGCAGGAGCAGGUCUGUGGCGCCCUGUGCGCCCUCGGAGAGGCGCAGCCAGCGGAGGUGCUCCGAGCCUGUGAGGAGUACCUGUGGCAGCACGAGAAGUUGGCACAUCCUUACCGGACGAUGAUCCUGAGGGCCAUGGAGACGGUCGUGAGCAGUCACAUCAGUGACCUGGACAAGGACAUGGCCAGGGCUGUCAUCUUCCUGGUCUCCAGCGAGAUGACCAGGGUGAAGGACUUGGUGUGUGACUGGCAGCAGGCUGCCAGCAACGUCCUGGUGGCUGUUGGGAAGCAGUUCAUCGGCCUGGUGAUGGAGGAGGUGCUGAGCAAGUUCCAGCCUGGGGCCCUGCCGCACUACUUCGUCGUGCAGACCCUCGCCAACCUGGCGGCUUCCAACGUGUUCGGCAUGGUGCCCUUCCUGACGUCCAUCCUGAGCACCAUGCUCCCCAUGCUGGGCAUGGCCAAGCACGAUACGAUGAGGGUGGCGUUUUGCUGUGCUCUGCAGCACUUCAGCGAGAGCACCCUGGAGUACCUGGCCAACCUGGACCAAGCCCCAGACCCCACGGUCAGGAAGGACACCUUUGCCACUGACAUCUUCAGUGCCUACGACAUCCUCUUUAACCACUGGCUACAGAGCCGUGAGGCCAAGCUCCGGCUCGCCGUGGUGGAGGCUCUGGGGCCCAUGAGCCACCUGCUGCCCAGUGAGAAGCUGGAGGAGCAGCUCCCCAAGCUGCUGCCGGGGGUCCUGGCCCUCUAUAGGAAGCACGCCGAGACCUUCCACGUGUCCAAGAGCCUGGGCCAGAUCCUUGAGGCUGCGGUGAGCGUGGGCAGCCGCACGCUGGAGGCCCAGCUGGACGCGCUCCUGGCUGCUCUACACGCUCAGAUCUGUGUGCCCGUGGAGUCGUCCAGCCCUCUGGUGGUGAGCAACCGAAAGGAGGUGUUACGCUGCUUCACUGUGCUGGCGUGCUGUUCGCCUGACCGCCUGCUGGCCUUCCUGCUGCCCAAGCUCGAUGCCAACAACGAGAGGACCCGCGUGGGCACCCUGCAGGUCGUGAGGCACGUCAUCAACUCAGCUGCUUCUCAGAUGGAAGUGAAGAAGCCCUUUAUUCUCUCCUCCAUGAGGCUUCCUCUUCUGGACACCAACAGCAAGGUGAAGCGGGCAGUGGUGCAGGUGAUCAGUGCCAUGGCACACCACGGCUACCUGGAACAGCCUGGAGGAGAGGCCAUGGUCGCGUACAUCGUGCAGCAGUGUGCGCUGCCCCCCGAGGCCGAGCCUCAGAAGCCGGGUCCCGACAGCGAGGAGCCCGCCACGGACAGUGUGCGGGACAUCAGCAUCAGCACCCUCUACCUGGUCAGCACCACCGUGGACAGGAUGAGCCACGUCCUCUGGCCGCACCUGCUCGAGUUUCUCACCCCCGUGCGAUUCACUGGGGCGCUGACCCCGCUCUGCAGGAGCCUCGUGCACCUGGCCCAGAAGAGGGAGGAGGUGGGGGCCGAUGCCUUCCUCAUCCAGUACGACAGCAACGUGACCCUCCCUUCACCCUACGCCAUCACCACGAGACUCCUGACCGUGUCUUCCAACCCCUACCUGGGGGACGGCCGCGGGGCCGCCUCGCUGCGUCUGUUGAGCGUCCUGCAUCGUAACAUCCACCCUCUGCUGGGUCAGCGGUGGGCCACCACCGUCCCCCUGCUGCUGGAACACCUGGAUGAACAUACUGAAGAGACCCUGUCCCAGAAGGAGUGGGAGGAAAGGCUGCUGGCGUUCCUUCGGGACACUCUGGCUGUCGUGUCUGACAACACGUGGAUUUGCCAGCUGAGCCUAGAGAUGUGCAGACAGCUGCCCUGCUACAACGGGACGCCCCAGGAGAAGAACUUCCUGUAUAAAUGUAUUGGAACCACGCUGGGUGCCGCUUCGAGCAAAGAGGUGGUGAGGAAGCAUCUGCAAGAGCUUCUGGAGACGGCCAGACACCAGGAGGAGGCCGAGCGCGAGGGCCUCGCCUGUUGCUUUGGGAUCUGUGCCACCUCUCACCUGGAUGAUGUCCUGGCCCAGCUGGAGGACUUCAUGAGGUCAGAUGUGUUCAGAAGAUCCACUGGCAUUUUCAACAUUUUUAAGGACCGAAGUGAGAAUGAUGUGGAAAAGGUGAAGUCAACUCUGAUCCUGUGUUACGGCCACGUGGCAGCACGGGCCCCCCGCGAGCUGGUGCUGGCCAAGGUUGAGUCGGACAUCCUCCGGAACAUAUUCCAGUACUUCAGCACCAAGGUUCUGGGAAUAAAGGUAGAGACCAAGGACCCGGCUUUGAAGCUGUGUCUCAUCCAGAGUGUGUGCAUGGCCAGCCAGGCCAUCUGCAGCAGUGCCCAAGCUGGCUCUUUCCACUUCUCGAGGAAAGCCGAGCUGGUGGCACAGAUGAUGGAGUUCAUCAAGGCAGAGCCCCCAGACUCCCUGAGAACGCCCAUUCGGAAGAAGGCCAUGCUUGCCUGCACUUACCUGGUCUCCCUGGAGCCAGCGCUGGAAGAGCGAGUGCAGGCGGACUUGAUCCGCGGCUGUCUACACAGCGUCAUGGCUGUGCUGCCUGAGCCCGAGGGGGAGGAGGACCGCCAGAAGUCCCUGUACCUGGACACCAUGCACGCCCUUGAGGAUUUGCUGACAAGCCUCCUUCGGCGGAACAUGACCCCGCAGGGCCUGCAGAUCAUGGUGGAGCACCUGAGCCCGUGGAUCAGGUCCCCACGGGGCCACGAGAGGGUGCGGGCGCUGGGCCUGAGCGCCUGCCUGCUGCAGCACUUCCUGGAGCACCUGCACGUCAGCGCCCUGGUGCCCUUCCACAACCUGGGCCUCCUCAUUGGCCUCUUCUCCCCACGGUGCGCGGACUUGUGGCCUGCCACCCGCCAGGAGGCUGUGAGCUGCGUCCACGCCCUGCUGUACCUCCAGCUGGGCUAUGAGGGCUUCUCCCGUGACUACCGGGACGAUGUGGCCGAGCAGCUCCUCGCCCUCAAAGAAGGCCUCGUGCACCCCGACCCCGCCGUCCUCUUCCACACCUGCCACAGCAUAGCCCAGAUUAUUGCCAAGCGCCUCCCGCCAGAGCAACUCAUCAGCCUCCUGCUGACCUUGUUUGAGAGUCUGGGAGACCCGGACAAGAACUGUUCGAGGGCGGCUACCAUCAUGGUCAACUGUCUGCUGAGGGAGCGAGGGAGCAUGCUCCAGGAGAAGGUGCCCGAGAUCGUGAGCGUUCUGCGCUCGAAGCUGCAGGAGACCCGAGAGGAGCACGUCCUGCAGGCCGCACAGCACAGCGUGUACCUCCUGGCGUCCCAGCACUGCGCGGCCGUGGUGUCCAGCCUCCUGGGCGGCCCCCUGCCCUUUGACAGCCACACCUGCACCCUGUGGCGGGCGCUGGCCCUGGAGCCCAGCCUCACCACACAGGUCCUGGGGCUGCUCCUGGAGAAGAUGAGCAGGGACGUCCCGUUCAAGGAGACCCGGGCCUUCCUGCUAAGCAGCCCUCCUGGCCGCGAGGCCACGCUGCUGCCCCUGGCGGUGAGUGGGGCCCCGGGGCUGAUGCGCAUUGCCCCCUUCUGCCUGCUCCCUGGUGGUGAGGGGGCCGGGUGAGGGGCCGCGCUGCCCCUGGCGGGAGGAGGACCCCACAGGGGGCCUGGGUGCCACCCCUCAGGCACCUGGCAGCUAAUGGGGGCGCCGGAGCCAGGCCAGCUCGGAGCCCAGGCUCGUAAAGGCCCCACAGGUGUUGGUCCCCAAGG